GGAGAUUAAUACAGCAAACAAAGAAGAGGCAGGGCAGGACUGUCACAAGCGUGUUGAUUUGCCCCCUGAGGGCAAGGAAGAAGGAAGGAGCAUUGGAGGAGCAAGGUGCUGGGGAGGAGGGCGGAGUUAAAACCAGACGUCAGAGCGUAGACAAACAGGUGUAUGCUGAUCCCCUGACAGUCAGACCCAGGAAAACAAGACCAUGUAGAAGCGACCCAGGAUUUCUCACACAGUUGGACCGAUGUGGAACUUACUCCAUGAAGACUGCAAAAGCAAAAUUAUUCUGGAGGACUUAGUACACAAUUCAAAGUAAAAGGCUCACCGCUUUGACAGGAUGUCGUCAAUAUCAAACGCAGACUUCCGCUGCCAACCAGGAGACACAAUCUGUGAGAUUCGUGUGUAUGAGAAGGAAGUGAUCAUCGUGCCCAUUCUGCUGCUGGCCACCUUUGUGGUCACGCUGGUCUUCAUCCUCCUACUGCGCUUCUGUCCGGAGAAGGUCGAGCGCAUCCGUCUCAGCACCACCAGGCCCACCUUCAGGAGGGAGCUGCACGGCAUCGAUGCUCCACCCGGCAUCAAUGUUCUGGAGCACGAAAGCAUCGCUUUGGACAUGCCCAACACGUACUCCACCUUUCAGCCGCCCAGCAUGUACGCCUCCAAAAAGCUCUCCCUGUCCGUGGAUAUGCCUCCGGUGUCGUCGGGCGCCCAAGCCUACAAGCCGGCGUCGGAAGUCGUGAUCCAGCCCAGGGAGCUGCCGCGCCAGAGGCUGCCCGAGUCCUUCAACUUGAUCAACCCGCUGCCGGGUUGCUUCCCCUUGCGCUCCAACUCCUCCGUGUCCCUCUACAGGGCCCGCAUGGAGAACAGGAACGUGGUCCUACGAGUUCUUAAUGACUCGGCCGAUGCCACCGAGAGGCACAACUUCCUGGGCUUUGCGUCCUUCCUGGCCCAGCUGGGGCCGCACCCGUUCUUACCCGAGCUGUUGGGCGUGGUCUCCUUGCGGGCCCCGCUGGUGACAGCGGUGGAGGAGUUGGAGAACCGGGACCUGCUCAGCUUCCUGUGGCGGUGCAGACGGGAAGACGUGAAUCCUCCGUGUGAGAUGACAGAGAGGCGAAUGUUUACCAUGGCCCAACAUGUGCUCUCAGCGCUGACGUACCUCCACAGCAAAGAUCUCCUGCACGGGAACAUCCGAGCCCGCAGCGUCCUGGUCAGCCAGGCGCACACGGCCAAGCUGUGGGGGCUUCACGGGGUCUUCACACGCAAGAACCAAGCAUCCACGCAAAAGGAUGACCCCAGCAUGAAGAAAUGGCAGGCGCCGGAGAUUUUAGCCAGAAGAACUGUCGGGCCCAGCAGUGACUUAUGGUCUUUUGGCAUCUUAGUGUAUGAAAUGGUAACACUGGGAGAAGCUCCGUUUGCAGAGGUCCCCGUUAAUGAGCUCCUCCAGUUCCACCAGCGGGGCAAAAGUCUGAAGAAGCAUCCCAACUGCUCCAACGCCCUCUACGCCAUCAUUAAGGCUUGCUGCCAGUGGAAAGAAGCGGAUCGCCCCUCGUUAGCCGACGUGACCCGCAAACUGGUGUCUGGGGAGAAGAGCGCCUCGGAUAAAGUCCUCAAGGGGGCGCUGGCGGUCAACCUGGAGCGCUACCUGCAAGAGGCCGGCUACGGGGAGGCCAACAGCUACACCAUCUUCUGAUUAGAACAAAAAGGCAGUCCACUUUUUUUUUUAUACCUGUGCACUUUUCCCACAACCAACUGUUACAUAUUUCGCUUUGCACAUGAGGAGAAACAAAACUUGUAUACUCAAGAUUUUUUAUUAAGCUUUCUCUAUGAAAUGUUUUAUUUUAAGGUUUAGGCAAAAGGAAAUACAGACUUUCAAACAGAUGUAAACUUGAAGGGCAUCCGGUCAGAGUGGAUGCUGUGGAAUGACGGUUUGUCUGAUUUGUUUACCAACUUCCUGCAGCCCAUAUCACGUAACAGAUGCCAUCCAUGUUUGGUUUUUGUACGCUCCUACAUCGAACGACCGUGAACUGAAUGACGCAUAAAAUGUGAAUAAAUAA